CCAUGGCUGCGUCAUUACGGGGUUCUCUCCGACAGUGUUAGUUCUAAAAGAAGAGAGAAACUUUAACCUGAAUGGAAAAGGUGAUUGGAAUCGCAAAAUCUUCAAGUUAAUUUGUGCGAGGUUUGCUAUGACCCCCAUUGCUGGCUUCUCAUAGCAUCAUGUUGAACUCGAAGCGAAGAAGAAGAGUGCUACAAAUAAUUGUGAUCUGUGGCUUCUUGAUGAUCAUCCAACGAAUGGUCAUCGAGUCGAAUUCUCAAUCAGAAACAUGCGCACAUGUCAUUCAGAGUUUCUCUAAGCCAAAUCUAUAUGUGGAAUACGUGAACGGAUCGGAAUUUCAACAUUUAACGCCAGAUCAGUGGAAAACCUUGAUCAAAUUCUGCCAACCCGUCAUUGGCAAUGAGGAGCUCAAAAUGUGCCUGUAUCCGCCGAAGAAAGAUAUUAUUUCAGAUUGGAUCCAUAAAAAGGGAUCCUGGGAGGAGGAGGUGUUCCACGUAUUGAUCACAGCUCUGAAUUUGGUGGCUAAUCCGUACUACCUCGAUUUGGGAGCGAAUAUUGGGUCUCAUUCGCUCAGGGUGGCUCAAAAUGGAUUUCCCACAAUGUCCGUCGAGCCUUCGAUUUUUAACUACGCUCGUUUGAGCAGAUCGGCGGAAUUAUCCGGAUUGAAGGACUUAGUGAUCGUGAGAAAUGCAGUGUCGGACUCAAGACGUGAAGUUCAAUUGGGCCUUUACAUGAGAGAAAAUUACGGCAGUGUCCACGUGGUUGAAAAAACAAAGAGGACUCCAACGUCAGACAAUAAUAUAGUGAAAAGCGUUUUAUUCAGUGACAUAUUAGACGAGGUGGCUAAUAAAGCCUCCGUCGACAAUGCAAUAGAUUUGGUGGUCAAAAUCGACAUCGAAGGUCAAGAAUGCAAGGCCAUUUUGGGCUCAGUGGAAAGUCUCUCUUGGAAUGAGUUCUAUCAUAUCCAAGUUAUCGUUAUGGAAUGGCGUUUCAAAGAUGUCGGCUCGAAAUGCUCCAAAAGUGAAAUCCAGAGAUUAGCUCAAGUGCUCAGUGAUGCUGGAUUUAGACCAUAUCAUGCCAAGAUGCCCAGAAAGUUGGACCCGGCAAAUAGUUUAAGAUGGCCCACUCUAGACAUGAUGUGGGUGCAUCACACGAUCGAAAACGAAUUUCUGACGACCUUGUUUCCCGACACAUCUUGAAGGCCGAUGUUCUAUCUAACCAUUGGUGUGACCUAUAUGUUAAUCGACCUGGUGUGAGAGUUGUGAAUCUGUAGUCAGAACAAGAUAACGUCAAGAUAUUUUCUGUUGUCUUCCAUACAUGUCAUCUGUCUAAUGGUCUUAUGGGCAAAUCAAAUAUCAUAUCUAGCCAACUUUAGAGGAUUAAAAUUUACAAAAUGGUUGACCUAAA